UGGUGAGUUUCGUAUGCACUUAAUUCUGUUAAUUCUACGAUUGUGUUUCGUGAAUUGUUUACCGGUGCACGUGAAAUCGUGAAUGCCGGCUCUAUUAAUUCUCUAAUCGAGUUACUAUCUACGUCAUUCAAUGUGCAAUAUUUCGUUUCUAGAUAAUGUUUUCGUAAUAGUGCAUUGUGCAUUCAGUAUCAUAUUUUCAUUCUGAAGUCUGUCGUCGGUCAUCUUCAUUGAAUAUUAUUCGGAUGCUGUCUUGGAUAUCGUUCCAUAAGUCGGUUAGUGCACGUGUGAUAGCUGUGUUUGUUAUCUAUAAAGAGUCGUCUUCGUAGUUCAUCCUUCGUCUCACACGUUUCGUAUCGCUCGAAAUUCGAAUUGAAUUUAUAAAGCUACUUCGCGAUAAAACUGAAUAUAUGUAACAAAUGUAAGUUGGACUCGCCGUGAUAUAUCAAUAUCUUUACUUAUACGAUACGUUAUACCGAGCAAUGGAAACCGGCGUGCUUUUCCAAUCGAUCCAAAAUGAUCAACGCGAUCCAGCGGCCCUUGCUGACGAAUUCAUCAACGCCAAGUUCCCACUCAAUGAAGCCACUCUGAAGUUGACUCAGCUGCUUGUGUAUUCGUGCGGAAUCAAAGAAAGUAUACGUGAAACAUCUGUUACAAGUGAAAAUCUCGACGCUAUAUUGGAUUUCAUCGAUGAAAAAUUCUCCAAAGUUCGCGAAAGCGCUAUACCUUUGAAUAAUUCGAAAUAUUUCAAAAGAUGCUUGUCGUUUUUCGAACGUAUCUUCACCGUGGAUUGGAAUACGUUUACUAAUAGCGGUAAUUUCGAUACUUCGUUCGUGGCUGUAAUAGAGGGUUUUAGUAUUUGGGAACCUAAGCAGCUACACGUGAUAAGUUUCGCUAUAAAAUUGAAACUGGUUACCGCGUUCUUACCCGGAGGUAGCGCCAAUGUUGACCAAAAUGUUAUGCCGAAGGUGAAGAAAUACGCCGCAGAGAUGCUGAAAAAAGCCAUUUUCUACAAAACGGUUCAGUGUUCGAUUUUAGCUGCGACCGAGUUAUACGAAUGGAUCAAGAAAGACGUUAGUUUCGCGACCGAUGAGAACCUUCGAGUAGUCGCCUGGAUGAUGAAAAUGGAAAAACCUAAGCAGGUUUGUCACGGAAUGUUGAUCGCGUAUUCGCUGCUUCGAAUGGAACAUCUGCAAGAUAAAAUGAUACUGUUCGCUCGUAAAUUGGUAUCGAUAUUCGAAGAUUUGUGUUACACCGAGAAUAAUAAUAUUUUUGAUUGGAUUUGCCGCUGCAGCGAGUUGAUCUACAAGCAUCACAGAGAAGCCAUUUUGCCAGCUUACCAGAACAACUUGCUGGAUAAUUUGUUCGCCAAGGAUCGUCAAAGAGCCAAGAGUGCUGCUGGGUUUUGGAUGGGCGCGAUCUUCGACCCUGCUUGUCACCGAAGUAAUUUUCGAAUUAUAUUGAACUUCUUGGAACAUGUUGGAUCGGACCAUUGGAAGGUGUUGGUCGAUUCGAUUAUCGACGACUAUUCCGCUAUUGUCGAUUGGAACCUGCUGGUGAAUAUAUUACUAGAUGAGGAAGAUGGUGUUCCUGAAGAAACCAGGCUGACGAUGACCGAAAAAGAGAAAUUGUUGAAGUUGAUGUCGUACGUGGUUGAAGAGCUAGUCAACGGUUUCCCUCCUGAAUAUCGAGCCGAAAACAUGAAGACGUUGAGUUUAGCAGUUUGCCACGAUUUUGCAUGCAAAGUGACCGAAGCAUUGGUACCGGUUUUUUGGAAACUUUUCCAUUUAGAGUACACGAAUAAAGAACGUGCUCAGAUCACGUUGAUCUACAUCGCGAAAUUCUUCAAUUUCACCAUGAUCGAACGCCAAAUGAUGGUCGAGUUUGUACAAGAAUCUGUAAACAUGUUCAAAACAUCUCGACAAGCUUUUUGUCACCAAGUUGUAUUGGAUUUGUUGCGACUUAUUGUGAACAACGUCAGAGAUACCGAAUUAACCAAAUUAUGCGAUGACGUAUUCAACGUCUUAAAGGAGUACUGCGAAUCUCAGAUGAUCGAUUUGGUCAAGGAUUUCCUCAGAGAUCCGAACGAUUACAAGGAUUUGCAAGCCGAAUGCGUUCAAACUGCAGAGGGUACUUUGAUUCGAAUUUUAGCCCUGAAUCGCGUCAUGCUUUUGGAUAGAAAAGUCAUCUUCGAUAUUCCGCAAGAAAUGCUGCAUCACGAAAUUCUACCCAAUAAUCCGGUUUUCCUGUGUAUUGUAUACGUCUGCGUGUGUUUAAUGUGCGAACACGUGAUCUACUCGGCGAAAUUUUUGAAACAACUGCACGAAGAAGAGCAAAACAUUCCGGAUAACUAUAACGAUAUUCUGGACGAAAUCGACUUCACGAUUAAACAUUUGAGUAUCCGAUUGAAAGAAUGGUAUCCGUGGAACGAGCUCAGCGUCAGUACGUUUUUCAACCUUUGUAAAGUUCUCGAAGCCGUCCGAGAUUUGCCAUUGAGCCAGGAUACGUGGAAUUCACUGGUGACUUUGCCAGUUCGAUAUAUGAUUGUGGGAUACGUCGCUCACAUGGUAUGGAAAUCCGAUGACGAAUGGGGAGCUGUUUCCAGUGUCAAUGAACAAACCAAGGUCUGGAUUAUGAACGCUUUCUUGAAUCUAAUCGAGUGCAAAGUGUUACCUUUAUCUUACACGGCCGAUCCUAUGACUAAUAUGAAUAAGCAACCGGCAGCGAUGGAGCAUCCAUUGAGACAAUUUGUAUCCAACGUGUGUGCUACCGAAGAAGAGUCAACGGUUGUUAAUUGGUUGUUGAAAUGGAUGAUCUGUUUAUUCGAAUUGUCGUCGAAGGAUUGCCUAGACGUAGUCGCCUGUUUCGCCGAAUUGAUUUACCCGAUACGUAAACCGAUGCAGGAUAUUAUUCACCGAUUGAUUCUUAGAGGUGUCGAUUUCGCUCUCAGUGGAUCUCAAGGUGGCAAGAGCCCAGCGUCGAGACACGACUUUCUCAACGUCAUGGCGAAAUUGUGCGAAUGUUUAGAUGACGCGAAGAAGACCUCGAUUGAGAAACAUUUCACUGAAAAUAGAUUCGAUAAGGAGAACGUCAAAGUAUUGAAAAGUUUCUUGAGACGUAUCAAGAAAAAACCAGCGUCUAAAAAAGUGGAAACAACGACUCCGCAGCAGAAAUCUGUACAGGUAUCGUCGCCGAUUCUCAGCUCUCAUCGGACCAGCCCUGCUACAUUAGACGAUAACUUCUCCGUUUGGUCUGCAUCGUCGAGAAAUCGAUCAAGCUCUGUAUUAGCCGAUGAAAGUGAUCUGAAUUCGAUGCAUUCCGGCAGAAGACCGAUUUUAAUGUUUCGCAGCGAUAAUGAAAAUGUCACGAGCUUAUCUAACGUUAUGCGUGCCGGAAUACUCAUCGAUGAAAUGUCCACUGCCGCGCCACUAGCUUCCUCGACUCCGAUAAAUUUAUUCGAAACGUUGGCGAAAAACACGUCUCCAGGGUCCGGAGAGGUGCACAGAUUAUUCCAAGGUUUACAAAUGCGGUCGACAGAAGACAACGGUAUGGAUAUUAGUUCAUCAGUAUCUGUCGUCAGUGAAAAUAUCCACGAUGGUUUGAAUGAAUCGCACGAGACCAGACCUACAGAGCAAUUGGAUGAAGUUAUGUCCGUUUCUGCCGCAAAUCCUGUUACUCAGAGUGAAAACACAUCGCAGGUUCUUGAUAAUGUGAGCGAUUUGUUGAAAAAUCAGCGAUCCCCUUCUUCUGACGUGCGUAGCGUAGAAAAGAGUCCAACAAGGUCUGUGCCCAGUGACGAUAUCAGCGAUGUUUCGAUGAAAGCUCAAGCCAUGAGUCCAGCUAACUCUGUUUACAAUGUAUCUAACGACGUUUCACCCAGAUCUUCAGCUUCAUUCAGAGAACCUGAUACCCAGAGCUUCGUCGUCGAUGCUGUGAGCAAAUUAUUGAAAGAUUUACGCCAGACUUCGACAGGCCACAAUACAACUUCGAGUAGCUCGCCGAUGUCCGAUUCCAGUAAAGAAGGCGACGAAAUUUUAAGACAGUUGCGAAUCAAAAAUCCCAAAGCGUUGGCUCGAGAAAAACCAGAAGAUGGUUCAUCAAAUGUCGAAAGAAAACGCGAUUCUCAAACCGUAAGCCAGUCCCAAGCUUACAAGAAUGCGACCAACCUGCUAAGAAGUCUCGAACCGUCAUCAGGAGAAGAUUACGACAUGAUGAAAAACUCAUCGGUAUCUGAAUCUGGCGAAGAUAGCGCAGCUGUUGACAUUAUUACUCCUGCUGCGAUUCCAAUCGAUGGUUUACUGAAUAAUCCUUCGUCAGCAGAGAAUCACGAUUUGAUGAAAAACUCUUCGAUAUCCGAAUCUGGCGAAGAUGGUGUAGACUUCAUUACACCCCCCGCGAUUCCUAUCCAUGGUACACCGAAUGAACCGUCAUCAGCGGAGAAAUACGAUAUGAUGAAAAAUUUAACGAUAUCCGAUUCCGGCGACGAUGAAAUCGAGGUGAUUACUUCUCCUGUGAUACCUUUCCGUGAUAUACUGAACGAUCCUUCAUCAGCAUCUUCGAUCACUGCUAAACUCCUCGAUGCUCGAUCCGAUAGCGCUUCCCAGUUAUUGCAGAACAUAAACGAACUAUUGAACAAUUCGCAAUCACCUUCACAACCCAACGAUGAAAUGCCCGAAAGCCCAAAUUUAUCCGAAUCUAGUGGAGAAGCGUUGAAAGAUUUAUUAUCUGCGAAAUCCAGCCCGUCGUCUUGCCCCGAAGUAUCAAUGGAUAUUUCGUUUAUAUCUUCCCCUCCGGCCAAUUCACCAAAUACUCAAACUGAGAACACCGCUCGAGCGUAUGGUGAAGUGAGCAAACUGUUGAAGACUCUCGAUAAACCUGUAAUGGAUGACUUUGGUGUAGCGAGAAGCCCAGCGAUGUCCGAGUCCAGCGAAGAGAACGACGACGUUUUCAAAAAUUUGCAGCUUGAGAGUCCUACUACCUCUAGUCAAGCUGUUAGAAAUGUUGCCAGAGAUUUAUUCGGUCCGUCGGCUGAGGAAGAAGAAGCCAAUCAGCGAUCUGGUAGCUCUAUUAUAGAAAACUUGCAAAGGGUUUCGUUGUCUAAUGCUGAGACUGAGACCGAGAAUAGCGAUUCGUCGGCGUUUGAUUUUGCCAAGUCUCCUUUGAAGAAAAAAGGUCGAUAUGAGUUUUAGAGUGUUUUUUAUUUUUAUUCGUCAAUUUUUCGGGAUUUUCUAAAUUAUUUUUAUUACAAUGUUUCGAACAAGACGCGUUCUAAUUGUGAUGAUAAUUUCUCAAGUGAGUUUAUAUAGGUUCGUGUUUUUUUUGCACGUUAUGUGCGAAUAAGUCGAUAUUUUGUUAUCGAACUUGAAUUUUUGGAUAAUUUAUUUUUUAUACUGUUUUGAUAUCUAAUUACAUUUUG